AUGGACGGCCAAUGCACCGACAUCUCAGAGACCUUCGGGCGCCUAGCGUCCAAAGUCACGCCGGAGAUCCUCGCUUCAAACCCCCCGCUCUCUCGGCGGGGGAACGAGCCCAGGACUGGUGUUGGUUGUUCCCGCGAGAUCUCGAAUUUGAGCAGGCACGAGAAGACGCUGGAUCCCCCGCCUCGGCAGAAGUGGGCUGAAGAGGGUUACGCCGUCGCCCAAAUACUUGACGACGGCAAGUCCAACAUUGCAGACCAGUUCCGCAUCGCGCUUGCAAAGCUGGAGGAACUGCCGGAGUGCUCGGGUGACAGGCACGGAUUGGUUGUGAUGCCUGCGGAGACCACAUCUAGCCACGCCCCCCUAAUCAACGCUAUCGGGGCACACCCCAAGAUAGUGGGUGCAGUCUUCUACGGCAGUUAUCUCGGUGGCGAGUUUCCUGUCCCAGUGCUUGCGCAUGCGCCGCUUGGCAACACCAACGCAGCUUGCGAUGACGGUGGCGGGCGCGAUGACGGUGGCGGGCGCGAUGACGGCGGCGACAAAGAUUUAAGAAUCCACACGUACCCAGCAGCGGCAGGCCCUUUUUUCGCCGUCCCGGCGCACACAGAUUACCGCGGAAGUGCCGCAGCUGUCGCACAUACGCGCUCGCUGUCGUUUCUGAAGCCGCUGAUGGGGGGUCCCUACUUUGACCUCGAGGCCAUCUGGGAAGAGCACACGCGCUACGAGUUCGCCGAGCGCAGUGUCGAGGAGACAAUGGCCACCAUGGUCGAAGAGCCCUACGUCAACCAUGUGCCCACUCUCACGGGCGGCGUCGGAAGGGAGGAGCUGACCGCUUUCUACCGGGACCACUUCAUCUUCAGCAACCCGGACGAUGUGGCGCUAGAGCUGGUCAGCCGUACCGUGGGAAUAGAUCGGAUCGUUGACGAGUUCCUCUUCAACUGCACGCACGAUCGAAUCAUAGAUUGGCUGAUCCCAGGUGUGCCACCGACGCUCAAACCCCUGAGCAUACCAUUUACGAGCAUCGUCAACAUACGCGGCGACCGCCUCUACCAUGAGCACAUCGCCUGGGACCAGGGAACCGUGCUCCGGCAGUUGGGCUUGCUCCCGGAAUACUUGCCCUUUCCGUACCCCCUUCCGAAAGACAAGGAGCAGGCCGUCGGAAAGCAUGUCGAAUAUCGAGUGCCUGUUGCGGGUGGGAUAACGGCGAAGAAACUGCUAGACGAGAAGACGCCGCUAUCGAACAGCAUGCUCGCCUUCGAGACCCGGGAAGUAUCGGGAUCGAACGACAAGCGUUGA